AUGGCGAGCACGGAUGCAUCGCGUGUUCUCACGUCGAACGGCGCGCGUUGGACGGCGAAAGCGCGCGAACGAGCGACGAAACGGCGGGAGUUUCGACGCUCUGGAAGAUUCUUCCAGAGCGAGGAAUCAUCCACGUCGUCGCGCGCGCGCAGAGUCUCGUCGCGCGCGAUCGGGCGCUCGCGCGACCCGUUCGAGGAGUUCGCGGAGAUGGAGCGGGCGAUGGAGCGAGAGUUCGAGCGCGCGACUGGAUGGUGGAUGCGAGACGGGCGAGACGGACGCGGCGGCGGUGGCUCGCGGAGGAGGACGCCGGGCGGAAGCGAGCGCGUCAUCGUCGCGCCCAGGGACGAUUGGCGACGAGAAGAGUCCGGAGAGCGACGACUCCCGGGUGGUGGGACCCAUACGUAUUACGUGAGCGAACGGGUGACGACGUACGGGACUCCUCGAGCGGAUGCCGCGCGAGGCGCUCGGUUGGGCGCUCUCGGGUCGAUUCCGAGCGCGCUCGCUCUAGGAAUCGCCCUCGGUGCGACGUACGCCUACGUGGCAUUCGCCAAGGAAUUCGUCGACGGCUUCGAUGCGACGACCUACCGCGCCGAACGACGCAACGGUUUGGCGCUUCGAUGGCCGCUCCUGUACGCGUCCAACGAAAAGUUUCGAAGCGAGUUCGACCGCGCCCGCUCCAGAGCGCGCGCCGCGCGGUCGACCGCGGCAUUCGUCGAAACGAAACCAUCUACACCGAACGACGACGCGGCGACGACCGAGACGUCCGAGUAG